GAAAAAAAAAAAAAAGGUAACACCUGGGAGACCAAUCCUAAAAUGAAUUUCUAGCGUUAAGUUAGACUCUGCUUUGGACAGAGAGUCCAUCUCCAAGAACAUGAUCCUUCUUGUUCUUCCCUACACUGAUCUCACUGGGUAUUAGGAGUUGGAGACCCAGGAUGGAAGAGCUCCUCAGGUGAGAUGAACUAUUGCUAAUCUUCAGCUGUCAGCCUGGUCAUAUCUUAUCAUUUAGUGGUUAGUCAACAACUACUUCCUGAGGAUCACGUACAGGCACUAGGCUCUGCACCAUCAACACAGACACCAGAUACCACACUUCCAUCUUGCUCGGUAAGGGAGAGGAAAGUGGACUUGAAUACAGGAGGGGCAGCAGUAGGGGAGUUAAGUGGUAGAGAUAGUGAGUGCUGUGAGAUUAGAGGAAAGAAGAUGGCUUUUCCCAAGUCACUUUUUCAGAUGUCUCUAAACCCCGUAUCUCUGCAGCCCUGAGAACGCUCAGGUAGUGCCUUGAUCUGGGGAGGAUCUCAAUAGAUAGGUGUUGAAUUGAGAGUUUUUCCCAAUGGUUUGUCAUCCGUUUUUUGUUUUGUUUUGUUUUUGCCUUCAAAUAGCACAAUAUUCAGAUGGCAGCAGAUGUGCAAGAUUUUUUUCAGUGGUGAUAUCUUGACUAGUGUUGCUCUGCGGCCCUCAGGGGACUCUUCGUCUCAGUUUUGGUGGCCUUGAUGCGCAGAGGCACAGAGAUGACAGGGAUGUGCCAGAGGCCUUGGGGGCACUGCUGGGCUCAAGUCUCCUGCCUCUCCUGCACUCACCCCUACUCUUUAGGCCAAAGAACUGCUGGAGGACCAGUGACACACUUCAGAAGUCUUGCCUCCUCUGAUUGCUCUCUUCAUCCCAUUGCAAGGUCUGGGCCAGGGGUUAUCUGAUGCACAGGGACCUGGUCAUCCCCACUCCAUCCCUAGAGCACUUUAGGAGAUACAUCUCCAAGCCCAAGGGUUAUUUAUAGACCAAAAGGCAUCUGGUGCUGCUUAGCUACUGAAGUAUUACAUCUGGGAGAAGCCUCGGGAAACUAACAGGCUCCAGGCCCCAAGGAUCCAUGCGUUCACCUCAAAGCAUACCCUCAGCUUUUACCUCAGCCCAGGUUCAGAGGAUCUGCCUCCGGGUAAGUUUAGGAUGGUGUGGGGUGAGGUUGGGAUACUUUGUCAGCCCCUUCCCAUCCCUGUCAUUGCCUGUCCCUUCUUCAUUGGACAGUUGAAGAGUUCUCAAUCUUAUAUACAGGGCCAUGCAAAUAAAACUUCAAUGCCUACCCCUAUCCCCCACCAGACUGUCACCCUUCAGGCCCUCCGUAUAGAAAUUCAGGAGCCCCACUGCCACCUGGGCUGUAGUCUAGGAAGCAGCGGGCCUGGGGAGGACAGAGGGAGGUAGAACUUCAGGAUCCCUUCUGAGAAGAUCCUGCAACAAUCCUCACUUUAUGAGGCUGGGGGCACUGACUGAUCUGAUAGGAUUUUUCCAUCUCCCGCAGUGGAAUGUAAAGUGACCAGACUCAUGAGGGAUAAUAGUUUCACAUAAUGGGUCUUCACUGUCUCAGGCCUGCUAGAGGCGCUUUCUAGAAUUGAAUGAAUUCUGUUUAGUUACUCUUUCCAUUUACCUUGAGCAAUGGCCCUGAGUUUUUUAAAUUAAUUAAACUAGCGAUAAAUGUCUUAAUAAACAUCUUCCUUGUAAAGCUACCUGAUUAACAUUUUUUUUUUUACUUUUUUUAUCCUAAUUUAAGAAAAGAUAAACCUAGGAUGUGAUUACUCUGGUCAACUAAUAACAGAAUCAGAGAAUUUGGGCACAUAAGGGGACAUGAGAUCAUCUACACAAAGGGAAACUGAGUCUCAGAGAGGGAUAUGACUUGCCCAAGAGAUCGCAAUCAGAAUGUGCCUUUCCUUACUCCCAUCACCUCCGUCCUGCCCCAAACUCCCUGCUCAAAGCUAAACACAGAAGACUUGACUCUUUGGCAUGGAAGGACAUCCUCAGGGCACAUAUCCUAUACCCACCCACUUCCCCACUCUCUGAUGGAGAGAAAGCUGGAUCCUCUCCCAGGAAGGAAAGAGAUAGGAGAAGGUUCAUCAUGAUAGACAAGACUAAAGUCUGACUGAGAUGCUUAAAGAGUGCAGAUACAGGGAGAAGGAAGCAGCAGGCAGAGGUCUGGGACAGCUCCCAACCCACCUCCUAGAUAAGAGACUCUAGAGGCCAGGAGAGGAAAUGUUCUGGAACAGACUCCCUGCCACUGACAGCAGAACUGAGGUGAGAAAAGGGAGCUCUUUCUCUGAAUUAGGUCUGAGGAUAACUGCCAGCUUUACUUUCUGACGAUCUAGUUCCUGGCAAAAGUGCCGUGAGUUAGAGCUACUUAACCAUUGAUUGUAACUGGGGACUUGAACGUUUCAGCCAGCGUUGGGCAGCUGCCCACUGUCAUGAAAGGCAGAAUUUGAAAUCCUGGCAGGAAGGAGCAGAGUUAGUCUGUAGUAGUUAACUCACAAGCCUACUGCUCUGGAGUUGGUACUCUUGGUGUGUGACAACAUGAAAGCUGAAUAAAAGUGAGAGUUGUGCUGACAAAGCUGGAUUGUGGUGGGGCUCAAAUAUGCACUUUUUCUCCCCCUCACCCUUGCAUCUUUGCUCCAGGAGCUGCUAGUGACCAACAGGUGCUGGAGAAGGGUUGAUCUAGUCCAGUGAUCCCCAGACCAUCAGCAUCAGCAUCACCUGGGAACUUGUUAGAAGUGCAAAUUAUCAGGCCCCACCCUAGACCCACUGAACCAGACACUCUAGGAGAAGGUCCCAGCAUUCUGUGUUUUUAACAAAUCUCCAGGUGACUCUGAUGCAAGCUCAAGUUUGAGAACCACUGGUCCAGAGCAUUGUAUGGUUCUGAAUUGGUUGUUUAUUAAGGAAACUCUACUUCCAAGUGAGCUAGCCAUCUGCCUCCUACCUUGGCUUCCCCUUCUGUCCCCCUCCACCACUGGGCCAGCCACUAUUGGGAGAUUUGGGGUUUAUCCUAUUGCUUUCCCAGGACUCAGCAUUUGUACAGUAAAUCAUCUCUCCACCAUCUGUUUGGCUGCUGGCUCCAGCUGUCUCACUCCUCUCUUGGGACUCUCAGUUUUGUUGUUCCAAUGAGGUUGUUUCCCCUUAGUGCUAAGAAGGGAGGCAUUCAUAAAUGUGCCUUUGUACCAUCAGUGGGACCACAGACCAAGAAUCAGGCCCUGGAACCCUACCUCAGAGUUCUGUCUGCUAUGAUGAGGGACUUUUCAAGGGAGGCCCUGGCUGUCCUCCUCAGGAGAAGCAUUGAGAACGACCUGUCUGGUCCUAGCUAGGGAUGCCAGCAGCUAUGAGUGACUGGGUGAGCUCUAGGGAACUUGGAACUCCUAUCAGAGAGCCAUGGGCUCUUCUUGUCCAUCCUUCCCCUUUCACCUGCCAGCAGGAUUCCAGGGAGAAGAGUCUGAGAUUACAAUUAGCUCCCAUAGCUUGAACACCAGGGAGAAUCGGUUAUGUUUUUUGAGAGCGAUUGAGGCUCUGGGUUAAUUUAAUGAAAGACAUUUUGCCAAAUGCUUUUUUCUCUUUAUUCUAGUUAAUGCCGAGGCAUUGAAAGGUAUAGUGUCUAUUGGGAUUGUGUCAUAUCUCAUCUUCCACCUCACUCAGCUCCUCCUUCCCGAGUGUCAGGAGCAUAUCAAGAACGUAUCAUAAGAAGCUCUGCCUUUGUCUCCAUGGGACUGAGUAGAAGCUGCCAGGCCUCUGAGGGGUUUGGGUUGAUGGCAUAUAUUUGAGAUUUUCUGCUCUUCUUCCAACCUAGUCUGGGAAAAUAGCCUUGGGGUAUGAAGAAGAUGCAAAGCUGUGCUUUGAGAGCCCCGUGGGGCAGAUUUACAAAGUGGUAGCCAUCCCCGUAAGCUUGGGGAUACUGCACAGGUGGACAUGUAGCUAGGCCCCACCUGAGUGUUCUUGUCCAGGGAGGACUGGCUUCUGUUUCAUGAGUGCACAGUCUUGUUGCUAAGGCCUUGUCAUGUUCAAGUCCAUUCAGCCUAAAGGAAGAAGAGAUCACAGGAGGCAGACGAAGUUGGCAGGAAAAAUAUACAAGGUUUUUAUGAACUAAAUUUUGUCUCUUGUUUUGAGAGUCACAAUAAUCCUUUGAGAAAUGUAGUAUUACCCUUGUUUUAUAGAUAAGGAAACAGAAGCUCAGCUAGAUCCGAGGUCACAAGCUUAGAAGUGGCAGAGCAGGGCCUUGACUCCAAGCCUAGUGCUCAUCCUCAGUGCCUGCACCUUCCCAGAGCCCUUCCCCUCUCUGCUCCCUUUGCCUCCACCUCAACUUUUAGGGAACAUGAGUGACCUGAUAGGAUAGUUGAAAAAGAGACCGCACCAGGACUCAAAAAUCCUGGCCCCUUCAUUAUGUGUGUAGCUCAGAAUCUGUCAGAUUUGUUGGUACUGACCAAUAAACAGUUUUGUGCUGGAGGGAAAUUGGGGGAAUAGCUACAGGGUUAUGAGAACCAGUGAGGAUGCCAAGCUUGCCAUAUUUCUCCUUACCCUGGCCACCCAGGCCCCUCUCUACAAGCCCAGAAAUUCUCAGAUUUGCCAAAUAACAUGUGCAUUUGCCCUUUCCCCCAAAGAAAGAAGAAGAAAAGGCAAUAAAGUGAGUUUUCAAACUGUCUUUAGGGUUGGAGGCAAAGAGAUGUCUCUUUCCCCCAAAAUGCUGGACUUUCUUUACAAGUUGUCUGAAGCAACACUGUAUGAUAGGCAUAGUUGUCUGAGAGGGGGUGUGUGUGAAAGAGGGAGAGAAUGUGAGCUUCACACAAAUACAAAGAAAUGAGUUUUUUUUUCUAACAAGCCUGAGUUUCCAGUAAUUCUGCAGCUGUGACAUGACUAGUCCACUGAGAUAUUCAGCACUGGCUUGAAAAAUACCACCAAAAUUUUUUCAAUCAAAGCAAGAAACAGUGAUGCUUCUAAGAGUCACCUUACUGUAAAAGUGGCCUCAACAUGGGAAAGAGAGACAAGUUUGCUUUUCUUCAGGCCCAGCUCAGGUUUUUUUUUCUUUACCGAAACUUCACUGGGUACAUAGGAAUGAGGACGCCUUGGCUCUUGAAGUAUUGUCAUUGACAUCUCAAUAAGUCUAACUUUCUUGUUAGCCUGCUCCUCCAAGCUGCACACAGCAGGUUUGAAGGUUCUGCUCAGAGGGUCUUAAUUGCCCUUGUUGAGUCUGGUUUGGGCCAUCUGUGCUGACAGAACACUUAGUCUCCCUCCCAUGAUAUUUACGUGCACAUAGUGACCUCCAUGUUCCAGACUGAAUGUGUUUUCCCUACCCCAUGUGCACAUCCUCUGCAUGCCAUACCCUGUGGUGAUGAGCUAAGCCAGUUCCCUGACCUGAGCAAGGCCUGCCAACAGGGCUCCCUGAGGCACCACGCCUGACAUCUGAACCUACAGCUAUCUGUUUCCAUCACGGCAAUCACCCUAACUCCUUGAGUUUACUUGUAGAUUGGGAGUUUGGGGAGAAGACGGUGCUGCAUUUAUUAAGAAUUGUGAGGCCAGUGGCUGCAGGAGUCUGGGUAAGCACUUUCUCUCUCCCUCUGAACUCUGACUUCCCUGUGCUCGGGGCCUGGCCUCUCCCCUAGGAGCCACAUGGCCACCUGGCCCAAGUGCCUGCAUGGGCCCCAUCCUUCCCAGCCUAACUGCUGAGUUCUGGGGUCCAUCUCCACCAAGAGGGCAUGCCUGGUCAUGACUCAGCUAGGGCCCUGCUGCAUGUGGGGUGACAAGCUACACAAGGCAGUAUGGCUGCGUUUCUCCCUGGAAUGAACUUCCCCAUCUUCUCCCAAAGUGAGCUGGCUGCUUUGCUAGCUGCAGCCUCAGCAGUUCCUGGACAGAUUUUGUUGGUUUACGACUAAGCAAGAAAAGUGGGCUCCUGGGCCAGGAGCUCAGCAGGGGUUCCCUCCCUUCAAAGAAAAUUUAAAUUAGCAUGGAAGGUGCUGAGGUUCAGAAAUCUGGGGCCCUGCUGUUAGCAUUUGUGCCCCUCAUCCUCCUUCUGCCUCAGAAAGCUGGGCUGGGUGUAGUGUGCGAACUGUACCCCAGUAUAAUUGAUUCACACUUUUCGGCUCGGCUUACUCAUGCCACAGCCCUGAGAAGAUGAGCUAAUGUGGCUGUUCCUCUGUGACAUUAAAGUGCUUUUACACAGCAUCUGCUCCUGAACCUGGCAGACAUCGGCACACACAGGCCCUUAGAGGACACUGAUAAGGAAAGCAAAGAAGUCUUUGGCCUACAAGAAAUUUAAAGUUAAGCUAGAAUAGAGGCUGAGAUACCAUCCCACCCCUGGUGCCUAGUCCUUCCCUGUCAGACCCCCGAGGGCAACUUGUUCAGCUCUUGCCCUCCCCUCCAGGCACCCUCAUCCUGGCGGAGCAUUUUUCCACUCUAGACUCUUGUGUUUUUGGACUGCAGGUGCUACUCCCUCCAUCUCAUCUCUGGCUUCUUCUAAGGGCCUAUGAAACUGUGGCCACCUCCCAUUUCACUACAUGUGGCCCAGGAUCUGAAAGUUGUGAUCGCUCUUGCCUUCUUCAUGAUUCACGUAGUUUGCACUUAAAAUCUGCCUGCCUCACAGGGAAGCUGGAUUGAAUAAGGCGAGGCCUAAUGAGUGGGGGGCUUUCUACAUGUUAGCCCUUCUGAUCAGGGUGCACCAUGCCGGAAUCCCUGGGAUUGACUCCAUGAUGGGUUAAAAUAAAGCUUCUCUCCUGCCCAAGGGUAUUGAUUAGAGGCAGAAAAUGCAAUUAACCUUCAAUAGUUUAAGUCACUGGCCAGGACUGCUUACUGCUUGCUGCCUCAGUCCCUUCCCUAAAGAAUAGACACACCAUAGAGAACCAGAAGCAGGCGCUCUAGGGAGGAGCAAGCUUAUGAAUCCUCCCAACCUCGGAGUUUGCUGCAUGAUCCAAGGGGCUCAUGAAUCAUUCUGUGCACCAUAUAGAAGAAGAAAUGGUUCACUUACAUAUGCACUAUUAUUUUCAAAUAUGUGUAGAUACUAUUGUGGCUCAUAAAAUAUAAAUUUCUUUUUUAAAUGGGUGUUUAGUAAGUUAUCUUGACCCAAUAAUGACUUUGGGAAGAGAGUAACCUCAGAGGUUUAGUUCGAUUUGGGUGCGCUGCCUCAGCUCACUUGUCCUGAAGAUAAACGUCCUCAGGCUUGGAGUCCUGACUUUGUGACUAGACAGUAAUCACCUGCCAACGUGCAUGCCUGUUUCUCCCAUGUAAUCAAUGGCACAAUAUGCAGCACACAACACUCGAUUUAGCCACAGCACCAGGGCAACUGCAGGCAAAGGGAAAAGAAGAUAGAAGUCAUUGGACUGCCAUUCACCAAAAGAGAAGAGUGGCUGCAGUAGAGUAUUCCAGAAAGCUCCAGGCAUAGAGCAGGGAGACUAUGGAGAGGGAAUCCUAAGUCACAGGUGGCAUCUGGAAGUGCAAGGGGACCCCCAAGGCUCUCAAGGGAGUUUAAAAUUCCUACAGUCUGGCCCCAGCAAGCAGCUUGUUGUAGGGAGCCCCCCAUGAUGGUUCAGCUGAAUGCGACUUCCCCCCAAAGGCUGCCUUAGACUCCGCCAGCCACAGGCAUGACUACUCCGAGAGAGGGGCAGGUCGCAACCCUCUGUGGAAGGUGCCACAGCAGUGCUCUGAGUUGAUUCUGCCUUUGUGUUUCUGCUGGGAAUUUAAACUUCAUGGAAUUCUGCUAUAAGGAGGAGCUCUGUUCCUACCUCUCUCUGCAUUCCCCUCAUCUCCCACCCUCCAGUCUUGGAGAAACAGCAAAGAAACAGCUUCUCUUCAUUAGUCUACACUAGAGCCUUGUAGCUCAAAACCACGCGUCUACCACUAGUAAAUGGGAACCUGAGGGAACUAUGACUUCGUGGUGGGGAGCAGGGGUUUCACCAGAUGCUGAGAAAUAACAAGAAAAAGAUUCUUUUUAUUGACAUAGGGAAUGUAUAAUGGGAUAUGUCUUUUUUUCAUGACUACCUGAAGAGAAGAGCCAGGCUUCAUUUUUCUUUCUGUGAAGUGGGAGAACUCUGAGGUUGGAUCUACUGAAUUUAAAGUUCUUACCAGCUAAGAGCCCUACAAGUGUAUCUGAGCUGCUGGCCCAGGAGAAUGAGUUGUUUCUGUGGAAGACAAUUCUUAUUAAAAUUCUGUGUGAUUUCUUUCACAGAGGCAUGUUUUCUCCAUCGCUACCUCAGGCUCCUGCUUAUACAGUUGUUGUAUGUAUGGAAGCAACCUUCUCCUGCCAUUAAAACUCACCCUAGCUGAUCACAGUGUAGUGGCCAGCUAGGUGCAAAGUAAAAUUUGUAGAGAAAAAAAUUCACAAUAUGCGACUGUCUCUUACUAUUCCAUUUCAGUUGCUCUAAGGGAGAUAAUAGUACAGAAUAUGCUGCUUGGGAUAGAGUUAAAGAUUAUUUCCUCUGCUCUCGGAGGAACCUUAAAAGUGAAUGUAUCACACUGUGGGGCAUCAGUAGGGAAACAGUUGACAGCCUGUGCCCAAGAAGACAAUUGUCAAUGGAGUCCUUUGAAAGACCUGAUCUGUGGCCUGCCACCCAGAAGUCCCAAUGUGAUUCCUAACAAGUCUCUGUCCUGAAAGGACCUGUUUUGGUGGGAGAUGGAAAGGUGUAAGAAUGGGGCCUGCUGCCUCAGGAUUAUGUUCUGAGAGGGAGCAUGGGGCCAGCAGAAGAAGAGGGGGAGAUGCCCACAUGGCACCGCCUUCCUUAGUUGAGCUGUCCACUCACUCAUCCUUCCAAUCCUGCAAGGAUAAGCUGCUUAAGAUAUUUGCUGAGAGAUUCAAUACCCUGCCCUAGUUCUCCUUACAAAGUAUAGGGUGAGCCAGCAGAGGGGGAAGAGGUGAGGUAGGAACAUUCUGUGGAGGUCUUAAAGAUGUGCCCAUUCUUGGAGAAGGGCCAGGCCCUUCUAUGGUUACCCAUGGCCUUGGGCCCUGGCACAAGUGAGAUACUUUGGCUCUCCUAAGACAGCCUUGAUUUGGAUGCAGAAUUAGACACAGACCCACCAGAGUUGGUCAUUUCAGCUGAGCUGCGGAGACCGCUGGGGACAGACCCAGAGACCACCGUCUUGCAGAGCUCCAGAUGUUCUGACGGUUUCCUGCAAGUUGUUCUCCUCCCACCUCAUCCUGAUACUCAGGCAGGUCCCUGAAUGAGGAGGUUAUGGGUUUAGAAAUGGCCUGAUUUCCUAACAUUUUGUGAAAGGUUUUAGCCAACCUUCUACCUUCUAUUCAUUCAGUCAUUCAGUUAUUCAACAAAUAAUUAUUGAGGACCUACCUGCCAUGUGCCAGGCCCUAUGCUAAGUUCUAGGGGAGGGCUCCUGCCCCUAUGAAAAUUAUAGUCUAGAAAGGGAACAGAUAAUAAAUAAAUAAGUAAACAAAUCAACAAGAUAAUUACGGAUUGUUGUCAAUGCUAUAAAGAAACUAAAGAGGAUAAAUGAGAUAGAAACUGGGAGGGGCCAUCCUAUAGGGGAAAGACCUCUCUGCAGAGAGGACGUUUGAGCUGAGACCUCGAGGAGAGGAGUGGCUGAGGGAAGAGCUGGAGGAAGAGCAUUCCAGGCAGACAGAAUACAAAGUCAUGAAGGCAGAAAAGCCUUGGAGCAUUCAGGAACAGAGAGGCUGUGGCGGAGAGUAGUGAGGAGAAUGAUUUGGGAUGAGUUCAGAGAGGAGGCGGGAGCCAGGUCGCACAGGGCCUUGGAAGCAGUGAUCAGAGUUUGGAUUUUUCUCUGAGAGCAACAGGAAACCACUGACAGUGUUAAGUAGGAUGGUAACAUAAUUAAAGAUCACUGUGUGCUUGCUCCCGUGUUGUUUGUAACGGCAGCUUAGCAACAAUUUUGUCAAUAUGUAACUAGGUAAAUAAAUUUAGGUUCAUUCCAGUGGUAUGCAGCAGUUAAAAACUGUGAGGCAUAUCUAUGUGUACUGCUGUAGAAGGUUUUGCAAGAUACCUUAAGUGGGGGAAAAUCCCAAGAAACAGGAUACAGUGUGAAAUAUGCCACCAAUGUAUUUUAAAAAGAGGAGAUGUAUGUGUAUAUAGGCUUGCCCAUGUAUAAAAUACCACAUUAGGGAUACAGAAGAAGCUGAGAGAUGCCAAAGGCCAGUACCUGUUUGACCUUCUUUGCCACCACCUGAACCUACUUGAGAAAGACUAUUUUGGAAUCCGCUUUGUGGACCCAGAUAAGCAGCGGCAUUGGUUGGAGUUUACAAAGUCUGUGGUGAAGCAACUGAGAUCCCAGCCUCCCUUCACCAUGUGUUUCCGUGUGAAGUUCUACCCCGCAGAUCCUGCUGCCCUGAAAGAGGAAAUAACCAGGUAUUUAGUCUUCCUGCAGAUCAAAAGGGAUCUCUACCACGGCCGCCUCCUCUGUAAAACAUCAGAUGCUGCCUUGUUAGCAGCUUAUAUCCUUCAAGCGGAGAUUGGGGAUUAUGACCCAGGGAAGCACCCUGAAGGCUACAGCUCCAAGUUCCAGUUUUUCCCUAAACAUUCAGAGAAGCUGGAAAGGAAAAUUGCUGAGAUUCACAAGACAGAACUCAGUGGUCAAACACCAGCAACAUCAGAGCUGAACUUUUUAAGAAAAGCACAGACAUUGGAGACAUACGGGGUGGACCCUCAUCCAUGUAAGGAUGUGUCAGGAAAUGCUGCAUUUCUGGCCUUCACUCCUUUUGGAUUUGUUGUUCUGCAAGGAAAUAAGAGGGUCCACUUCAUUAAAUGGAAUGAGGUGACCAAGCUGAAAUUUGAAGGAAAGACUUUCUAUUUAUACGUAAGUCAGAAAGAGGAAAAGAAAAUUAUUCUCACAUAUUUUGCUCCAACUCCAGAAGCCUGCAAGCACCUCUGGAAAUGUGGAAUCGAGAACCAAGCCUUCUACAAGCUGGAGAAGUCAAGCCAAGUCCGCACAGUGUCCAGCAGCAAUUUAUUCUUUAAAGGGAGCCGGUUCCGAUACAGUGGCCGAGUUGCAAAGGAAGUAAUGGAAUCGAGUGCCAAGAUCAAACGAGAGCCACCAGAAAUACACAGAGCGGGCAUGGUUCCCAGCCGCAGCUGUCCCUCCAUAACCCAUGGCCCAAGGCUGAGCAGUGUCCCCAGGACUCGGAGAAGAGCUGUUCACAUCUCCAUCAUGGAAGGCCUCGAGUCCCUACGGGACAGUGCGCAUUCCACCCCGGUGCGUUCCUCCUCCCACGGGGACACCUUCCUGCCUCACGUGAGAAGCAGCCGGGCAGACAGCAAUGAGCGAGUCGCCGUGAUUGCAGACGAGGCCUACAGCCCUGCAGACAGCGUGCUGCCCACCCCCGUGGCUGAGCACAGCCUGGAGCUGAUGCUGCUUUCCCGGCAGAUCAAUGGGGCCACCUGCAGCAUCGAGGAGGAGAAGGAGUCUGAAGCCAGCACCCCAACUGCUGCAGAGGUGGAGGCCCUUGGGGGAGAGCUGAGGGCCCUGUGUCAGGGGCACAGCAGGCCAGAGGAGGAACAGGUGAAUAAAUUUGUUUUAAGUGUCCUCCGUUUGCUCCUUGUGACCAUGGGACUCCUCUUUGUUUUGCUCCUCCUCCUGAUCAUCCUUACUGAGUCUGACCUUGACAUUGCCUUUUUCCGCGAUAUCCGCCAGACCCCCGAGUUUGAACAAUUCCACUAUCAAUACUUUUGUCCCCUCAGGCGAUGGUUUGCCUGCAAAAUCCGCUCAGUGGUGAGCCUGCUCAUUGACACCUGAGAAGGCAUGACUCCUAAUAACUAGCCAGGUGGACCAAGGAGCCCGGCUACCCAUUCCCAGCAAUGGGACCCAUCGCGGAACCAUCGGCACAUGUACCAAGUCCUCCUCUCAUGACUCAAAGUCCACAGCCUAGGAGGGUCGUUUCCCAGAAGAAGAAAGGGAUAGGCUCAUGCCCUCUCUAAACAAACUGGGAAAACUCAUUUCCUUCAGAGGUUCUUUCAAGAAAGGCUUGGCGACUCUGUUUCUCAUCUUCCCAAUUUGCAGGAUAAUUUUUGGUUUUUGAAUUUUGAUUUUUCAUAGAUGUGUAUUAUUUUGAAAGUAUCAAAUAAAAAUUAUUUAUUUUACUAUUACUGAUUAUCACAGUAGUGUCACCUAGCAGAUAAGACACUAGUUGAAGACUAGAGAGCUGUUGUCUUCUGUGUUCUGCAGGAGCUUUCCUACUGGGUUCUAGCAGGCUCAUCACUGCAGCCUCAUGAGACACGCUAGGAGUCUGGACAAUGGGGACUAUCUAGGUUUUCUUGCCAGACAGAGCUUUUAAAAAAGUAAACAUCCAUGUAGAAUGAUUAAAUGGACACUUGCUUCUUAUGAUGGUCUGAGUUGGAUUUUCUUUUCCUUUUGUUUUUUCAAAUCUGAGCAGAGUGGGCAUCUGAAGGGACCACCGCUACAGCAAGCUGCAGCAGCAGGGGUGGGGUAAGUCUGUCCCCUUAGACUAGAUCCUAGUGGGCGUCACCAUGAGUUUUGUAUAAUGAACUUAGACUUCUGUGAUUUUUUUCUGAAGAACCUCAAGACUUUUAUUGUGCUCCAGAGGCAUUAGAUGAACUCAGUGGUGCCAGAGAUAGGACUGUCAGAAAUGUUGGACAGAGUGUAGUUAACAGAAAGCAGAACUAAGGUACCUGAGAAACUGCUGAUAUUCGGAGAACAGUACUUAUUUUGUACACCUUCCCCCGACCCAAAAGACUAUUUCAAUUUAUAUUUUAACAACAAAAUGUUAUUUUCUUAUCAAUUCAUAUUUUGUUUUUACUUUAUGGAUUAAGAAAAUAGAGCCUGAUGAACUAAACGAUGCAAGAAAGAAACUGAUCCUGAGAAUGAAAAGCUUCAGAAAAUAGAAUUCCAAGAUCAACAAACAGCCUUGCAAGGGACCAGGAAAAGAAUCUCUUUAAAUAGGAGUUCUAAGAGAUGCCUACAAAAGAAAGUGAAUGUGGCAGAGACCAACACUUAAACACUUAGAUGUAGAAAUACUGCCCCCUAGGGUCAUCCUGUGCAUCAGGAAAAUAAAAGCUGUAGGAAAGCACUCGCCAUCCUUGCUGAGGGAAGUGUGGAAAGCAUGCAGAAGCACAGCAGGUGAAGGGUGAGUGUGGGGUCUGAGGCCUGAGCUCUGCAAUUCUUACAACCACUCACAAGAUCUUGUUUUCAUCUCAGGGAGAGAUUCUAAGUCAUCUGGGGCCUGAGGACUUAAGGACAGUUAGUCGAGAUAUUCCUGGGACCCACACAACAGUGGAGCAGCUGCUGGCACCCUAUGAUAUUGGGCAGCCCCAAGUGCAAAACAGAACGAGUCGCUUGUAGAUUUGCUCUCCCCUAGUUGUGUCCUGAGAUGGCAGAACCAUGUCCAUGUAUAGAAUUAACAGCUAUGGAAUAAAUGGCGUUUUUCUUUUUGGGGGGAGAAGGGGUAAUGUUGCAUAGUUUUAAAUGCCCUUUCAUCUAGACCAGGUGGCAAACAACUUCUAUAAAGUGCCAGAUAGUAAAUAAUUUAUUUUUUGUUGGCCAUACUCUGUGGCAACUACUCAACUCUGCCAUUUUAGCACAAAAACAGCCAUACAGAUUCUAAACAAAGGAGCAUGGCUGUGUUUCAAGAAAAUUUUAUUUAUAAAAACAGACAACGAGCUGAAUUUGGCCCAUAGGCCAUAAUUUGCCAACCCCAAUCUAGACAAUAAAACUGCUCCUUACCAGUAUGUUAGCAGAAAGAGUCAGCUCUGCUCCAAUUCCUGACAUGUGUUAUAGAUCCAGGACCAUUUCUGGAACAGUGGAGGCUCUGGGAUUGCUUGUAUAAAGGGUGCUCGAACAACCAACCAGCAAAGAGAUGUCCGAUGCCAAGAUGAGCAAGAUCAAGUACUGGAAUGCUAAAAUGCGGCCAGAAUCUACGAAUGGAAGAGGGCCUGUCUGAUCAUUUCCAUACCAGCAACAGUUUGGGCAGAAUUACAAACAUCUAUUUACCAAGUGACAAGACAAACUGAGGGAGAUCCUAAUAAAGAUUAGGGAUCGCUUAGAACCAACUAGCCACUGCCACUUGUCAUCUACACAGGAAAGGCUUUAUUUAGCACAGGAGUGAAGUGAAAAGUAGACUCAGAGAUGAAAAGGCUGUCAGGAGAUAGGGGGCUGGUAUUAACCUGGAUAUCUACUGUCUUAUGCAACAUAGCAGCUUACCUUUAGCGUAGUGUUCCUACCUCAGUCUGUAGAAAACGGUGUUUCUAUGCAGUGAGUGGUAGCCUCAACUGACCUUUCAUAUUCACAUUAAAGAAAGAGGUAGUACUCCAUUUCCUGGUACAUUACUUGUGUCUAGAGUUCUAACAGUACAACAGUCCAUACCACUUCCAACAGCUGGAUUUUGCUCUCUGAACAGAAGCUUUCAGGUUAUUUUUUUCCAGAGCUUAUCCCAGAAAAUACAGAUAGAAAAGUUUCCUUCAAUUUGCUUUUCAAAUAGUGCUUGAAUAACAAACCUCCUUUGUUGAUGACUAGUCUUUUUUGGUAUCUCCUCCAUCAUUAAAUAUUGUUCAAGUUUUUAACCUGGUUUUACUGUGUUCUACUAUGUCUCCCAUUUUCUCUCAAAAUUAGUUUGAUCUCAUUGUAGAAAAAGCAAUGGUUUCCAUAGCUUCAUCUAUCAGAGGAAAUAAAACUCUCACUAAAGAAUAGUAUACUGCAUCUUUAAGCAGUAGAGGGUAAACUACCUGCAAAUGUGAAUUUCUUAGUUUCAUUAAAAAAUAGUUGUUAACUUUUUGUGUGCCAAAAAUUCUAAGUUACAUUUUCCUUCAAAGCAAUGUACUUUUUUCUACAUAUGCAGUAUGUAGUUAGCAUAAAAUCAUUGGUGCCAUGAAAAUUAUUUUUAAAUUUAAAUAAAUAUUUAAAUAUCA